CAUAGGGAUAAAAAAAAAAAACAGGAAAUAAUAAAAUAUCACUUUCCCUCUCGCCGGCGAGAAUAAUAAACACAACUAAAUCGGAGAGAGAAAAACUCAGCCGGCGAUGGAGAGUUUGGCUCUUCUCCGUUCUCUCUCAGUCUCCACUUCUUCAUCAGCCACCCAUCUCAACCUCCGCCGUUAUCAUCCCAAAUCAUUGUCGUCGGUUUCCAUUUACUCAUCCCCAACCCUCCGAUCACUCUCCAUCUCCUCAACUCGAUUCACACUCCACGCCACCGCCUCUUCCUCGCGGGAGAACCAGAACGAACCUCUCCCUCCUCCUCCGACGCCUCCGCAACAGCAGCAAGGAGCGAAGCUCAUCCCUCUGGCAAUCUCAAUCUCAAUAGGUCUCAUGGUGAGAUUCAUAAUCCCAAGACCAGAACAAGUAACCUCACAAGGAUGGCNCUACUUGGCCAGCUUCAUUUAUUAUUCUCCAGGCUUGUUAUCUCUUGAUCCAUUACCUAUUUGCAAGCCAGACUGGUCACUGCCAGGGGUUCUAGCAGCACUUUGCUUGGCUUUCAACAACAAUCUCUCUGGUGCUUUGGCACAUUUUAGUGGUGGACCAGCUGCUUUAUAUUACGGAGGUCCGUUUUCUUCUUUCAUCUCCUUNAUCGCUACUUACUUCGUCAGAUGCCUUGGCAAAAGCACUCUUGGUUUAUCUUAUGGUCUUGCCUUCUGUGACAUGCUUAUGGGUUUGAUUAUGCCCUCUACCAUGGCUAGAGCCGGUGGCGUUUUCUUGCCCGUCAUUAAAUCUCUCUCUCUCUCCGCCGGAAGCUACCCCGGAGACCCAUCUUCCAGAAAACUCGGUUCUUUUCUUAUUCAAACCCAAUUGCAGUGUUCAGGAGCUUCUGGUGCGAUUCUUCUGACAUCAGCUGCACAAAACUUGCUAUGUCUCAAACUAGCCAGAGAAGUUGGUGUUGUAAUCUCGAAUCCAUGGAUCACUUGGUUUAAAGUGGCGAGUGUUCCUGCGUUUGUUUCUCUUCUUUCUACUCCUCUCAUCAUCUACAAGCUUUACCCUCCUGAGCUGAAACACACACCAGAAGCUCCCGCUGCAGCUGCUAAGAAGCUUGAACGAUUAGGUCCCAUCACGAAAAACGAAUGGAUCAUGCUCGCCUCUAUGGCUUUCACCGUCUCUCUUUGGGUUUUCGGAGAGGCAAUAGGAAUAGCAAGCGUUGUAUCCGCGAUGAUCGGUCUAUCAACGCUUUUGCUGUUAGGAGUUAUAAACUGGGACGAUUGUCUAAGUGACAAAUCAGCUUGGGACUCCCUCACUUGGUUUGCGGUUUUGAUUGGUAUGGCUGGACAGCUAACAAACCUCGGUGUCGUUGCUUGGAUGUCGGAUUGUGUGGCAAAACUGCUACAAUCCCUCUCCCUGACUUGGCCAGCUUCAUUUAUUAUUCUCCAGGCUUGUUAUCUCUUGAUCCAUUACCUAUUUGCAAGCCAGACUGGUCACGCAGGAGCACUCUAUUCCCCUUUCUUGGCGAUGCAAAUCGCUGCGGGAGUGCCAGGGGUUCUAGCAGCACUUUGCUUGGCUUUCAACAACAAUCUCUCUGGUGCUUUGGCACAUUUUAGUGGUGGACCAGCUGCUUUAUAUUACGGAGCUGGAUAUGUAGAUCUGAGUGAUAUGUUUAGAGUCGGGUUCGUGAUGGCUCUUGUACAAGCAGUCAUCUGGGGAGGUGUUGGAUCUUUUUGGUGGAAAUUUUUGGGUCUCUACUGAAUGAAUUAUACCGAACCGGAAUCAGUCCCUGAGCAUUUGAUCCAACCAAAUACAGAAACAAUAGUUUCGGCUUUAAGGGUAUCAGUUGAAAAAUAUCUGGUAAUUCAAGUUCACUGCGAUUUUUUAACUGAAUAUAAUAAAAAUGUUAAUCUUAGAUGUUAUAGAACUUGGAACAAUGCAUCCUGUUUUACAUCCUGAA